UUAUAUAUCUGCAUUCUGGCUAUGACUGUGUUUUCGAUUUGCACAUAAUCUGUCCAGAUUUCUCCCCUUUUCGUACAUUAUAUCGAGAGAGAGAGAGACAGAGAGAGAGAGCGCGAGAGAGAGCGCGAGAGAGCGAUGAUUAGACAGACAGAAAGAGAGCGAUUGAGAGAGGGAGAGAGUGUCUGCCUGUAUGUACCUCAGACUGCAGAAUGAAGCUUUGGGAGCUUUAAAACCCAAGCGCUUUUUCCUUUCAAUAUUAUCUUUCUGUUCCUUUCCAAGCUUUGGAUGAGGAGAUGCAGACAACAAGUGAUUGGUGAGGAGAUGCUUAAAAUGCCAGCAGAAAGCAGACAAGGCUGAGAGAGACCUCCUGGAAGACGUCUGACCGCUUCACCAGUGGAGAAGAAGGAAUCUUUUGGACACAGUUUCAAGAAAACUUAUUGUAUUGUUUAUUCUGAGUUAUUGAAUGCUGAGAAGCGCAGUGGCACUAUGUUUUAUUUUUGAGGAAUAAAAGGAUCUUGUCUUCCAGCCAUGCCGACCCUGCCUCCUUUGUACCAUAGAUCUACGAACUUUGUUACAUUGGUGCCGAAACCCGGGAAGAAAGGAGUGAGUUGCAGCCGCCAUGCAGCCCCAGCCAACAACUCCAUUUGCGGAAGGUGAUCCAGUCGCUCGCAGGUCUUUACCACGAACAGCAUCAAGUGCUGCUGGACCUUUCGAGAAGAUCAGGAACGGCACUUCCAAGCCCUCGUGCAGCUCCAGGAUGCCUGCCGCAAGUGGCAGAUGGCCGACGGAGGCGACACCAAGAAUAUCAUCAACAAGGUGACACUGGAGAAGUUCGUAGCUCGACUCCCGCCGAAGACUUCCCAGUGGGUCCAGUGUCUGAGGACCAGAUGGUGGUGUACGCCGGGGUCGGCUUACCCCGACCAUCUCUCUCUCUCCCUCUAUGUCUUCUCCCUCUCCCCCCAAACCUGUUCCCUUUCCCAGAACCCAGAUGGGCCUCGUUCCCAAGCCAGCUCCACGGACCCGGGUGACCGCUGGAGCUGCAAGGAACCUUUUACGGGGACCAGGAAGCUACAACCGGGCUGCUGGCCCUCACGUUCCUCCAGCAUGCACGGGGACGAGGAGAACUACCCCUUAGUGUCGUUGCCAAUAGAAUUCCAGGGAAAAAGCAUAGAGUGGAGGUGGCUGUUAACCUGCACCUCAGACAUCCACCUAUUCUGGGGACAAAUUGGCCGAUAUUUUCUGUUUUAUUAGGGCAAUUAUGUGCAGAUGUUCCUUGUUGGAACGGAAGGGGGCCAUCGUGCAGGCUGGAGAAGCUGAGCAGGGCCCACAGGGAUCUGAUACAGUGCCGUAGAGAGACAACAGUUCUCCACCCUGCACAAUCGCUCAUCUAUCCGUAUUUUGCCAUUUUAAAAGUCCGGUUGUAUCGAGUGACCCAAGACACUCAAACAAAAAAAGACACAACCCAGUUAGUCGUACCAAAGAGCCGUCGGGAAAUGCUUUUCCAGACUGCUCACUGUAAUCCAAUGGCAGGACACUUGGGGUAAAUGGCAACAUUAAACCAUCUAAUGGCCUGAUUCUUUUGGCUGGGCAUUUAAGAGAACGUGCAAAGGUGUUGCGCGUCUUGUCCUGAAUGUCAGUUGGUAAACCCACCGGCCACUCCAUAAGCACCAUUGUGCCGUGUGGGAAUCCCAAAGGAGGUUCUCACGGAUCAAGGCUCAGCGUUCAUGUCACAGACCCUCCGCAAACUAUAUGAAUACAGAGCAGUUACUCAGCCCUUCAGAGGAUCAACCAGGACUUAGAGGACAAAAUUCACCAAAAUUCACAGACCCAUGAUGAUGAGAAACGGGCUCUCAGCAGAGAAAUCAUCGUCCUUAACAAUCACCUAAAGGAAGCUAAGAUGACCAUUGAGAAACUGAGAGAGGAUAAUGACUUAUAUAGGAAAGACUGUAACCUAGCUGCCCAGCUCUUGCAGUGCAAUAAGUCUCACUACAGAGCCCAAUUAUCAGAGUUACCUACAGAAUUUCAGGAGCGUGUAAGCUUGCACAUGGAGGAUUCCACCCUUUGCCACUCCCCAUAUGCCGACACAGUGCCUACCUCUAUCAUUGCCAAGGUCCUUGAAAAACCAGAUAAGGUUUGCAGCAUUCAAGCCUCUCGUUCACCUAGCCCACAACCCCAGGAACGUCAGGGCUUUCUUGUGGGCACUAGCCUUGUAGGUAGCACUGAGCGUCUUGGUCUCCGAGCCACUUACAAAUCUGAUCUGUACAACAGUGACACAGCACUUUAUUGCCCUGAUGAACGAAGGCGAGAGCGCAGACCUAGCAUGGACCUACAUGGGCAGCGUAAGGUCUAUGAACCGCAGAACUCCACAGAUAGCAAUCCAGAAGAGGGUUCCAUGUCCAUACGGCCUAGUUCUUCACAGGACCACUUCCAAAAGUUUACCACCUCUCUGGGAGGUGGUUCCAGCUCCUACUCCAGCUUUAGUGGAGGAGGGUCAGAAGAGAAGGGUCAGGAUCCUCAUAGUAGUGCUGCAUCUUCUCCACGUCACCAUGCCCUUUACAUGGAGUGGAGGGAUGGUGUUGAAUUUGAGCACAAAAGUGACUCCUCCUGGGAGAGGGAGAGUCAAAGUGCCUUUACUAUGGCCCAUAAAUUUCAACCAACUGAGUCCAGCCAUCAUCAAAAUGGUAGCUCACCCAUCUACAGCAGAACCAUGUCCUCUUGUUAUAGUGAACCCUAUGAGCCCCUGCCACCUUCAACCUCACCGAGUAUCACCUAUGGAGACAGUCGUCGUGGAAGUGCUUUUGCUCCUGAGGAAGAAGAGCUGAUUGGUCGAUGGAGGCAACUUAGUGUGGAGGACUUGGGUGCUCACACAUACCGAAGUCAAGGGCGGGCCUCACCAUACAGUAUCUCUGAGCAGCACUUCUCUGUCAGACCUGCUAAAAUUCGUCUUGGUCCUCUCUACAGUAGCUUUCAAGAGGGUACUGAUUUAUACCAUCAUGCAGUGGUUAUAGACCCUUUCUCCAGCCCCAGUCCUGAGUUCAGUCCAAGUCUAUGUCAACAACAAAGUCAGUCUCAUCUGUACCGCUCCAAGGAGGACAGCCAAGAGUCUGAGCACAGUCUCUUUAGCCCAAAAGAAUGUGGAGUAGCAGCUGGAGGCCAGACAACAGAGUAUGUUGACGAAAGUCCCAACAGCUCAAAUGAGUCGCUGGAUCAUGGCUCUCUGGAGAUGGCUACUGAUCUCCAGCAUUAUCAAUCUGAGAAGCGCAGUGUGUCCCCUCAGGGAACCAUCCCACCACCUCCUCCACAACAACCGUACCAAACAUUUGGCACACUAGGACUGUCACGCAAGGACAGUCUCACCAAGGCACAGCUCUAUGGUACAUUACUAAACUGAAACCAAAUAGUAUGGUUACCCCUUCUUCUAAGUAGGUUUUGAAUGUGAGGCUACAGUAAGAGCCAAAUGCAAUUUGGAAUGUCAAUAUUUUCAAUGUAUGUGAUUUUUUUUCUGUUACAGUGCUUUUUAAAGAUUAAAAACUGAUCUGCUCACAUUUUUUAAUUUUAUUAUGGAGCUCUAACUUUUAGUACUAUUUGUAUAGCCUGUUUUGAAUGUUUAUUAAUGGUCCUGUAUGGUUUGUGAGACAGUUGGAAACAUCGCACGAUAUUGAGAGAGGCUAAUUUCAUGUAUUCAUUUAUUUUUCAUUUAUUAUCAUAAUAUUUUGAAUGAAUGAUCGGUACAUGCUGUAUUAAAAUAAAUGUUAAUUUUAACAAGAAAUGUAUUUUUUAUUAUAGAAUUUAUCAAUAGCUGUGUUUAUUGUAAACUAUGCUUUGUCUAUAACUGUUUAAUAAAUGUUACUUUAUGAAGUGAAAAAUAUACAUAAUUGUAAAUCAUAUACAGUUUUUUCAAUUGCUAACAAGCGCUAACCAAUACUUGAGUUCACCAAGUACUUUUUCUAAACUCUUAACACAUUAACAAAAAAUAGCAAAAUAGCACAUUUUCUGCCCAAAACCAAAACUUUACAUAAAUGUCUUUUUCAAAACUCUCUCAAAACACAGCACACCCAAAUCAAAAUAGAGUAAUUCGGUCAAAACAUUAGCACAAGUUCCCUUUCUGUAGGUCUCUUGACGUUGUGUUGAACCGACAGAUCACUUCGGCUUGUUUAGAAAAAGGUCAAUGAAAUUGACGAAUUAAAUUUGCAUGCCGGACUCCACCCCCGGAUAUCCGGGUAUAAAAGGGAGACGGUGUGCUGCAUUCAUUCACCUUUUGUUCUGCAGAGCCUUCACACAUGAUAGACUUCGAUGCAAUACACUCAUCUAGGAGGGGGGAUUGACACUAUGGUUGCCUCAAGUGUUGGGUUACCAGCACGCAGGGGCAGCCGUUGUGGAUAAGUUCUGCCCGCACUGCAAGUGGUUCACGAUUCAGACGUUGUGUCACUGGCAGCUGUGUUCCCACGGGCCUGCAGCCCUGCUGUCCACUACAGCGAGCACCAAGGGUGAUGUGAGGAUUACUGUGAGCAUUAAAUCCGUCAGCCACUGGCUCGCGGACCGUUCGUACUUCGUCUCGUCUGACCGUUCCCCAAGAGACGGUCCCACAGUCUCGUUCCUCAACCAUGUAUCAGAAAGGGUGCGUGAGGAUGAGAUUACCCUUGUAGCAUUGGGGGGGUGACUUACUGGCAUCUGGCUCCGACGAUUCCUUUUCCAGGGCCGCCGCGAGCAUUGGGUUGGUCGAUCCGGCACGGUUCCUGCCCCAUCCCAAAAGCCCACUUGCCCACGGUGCGUUGAGCUGCAUCGCCAGGCAGGCAAAUCAGCAGAGCCAAUCUCCUCCCCAGGGGCCUCCCCACAGGGAGACAUCCGCACUGCCAGCCAUCGAACCGACCCCUGGGAGGACGAUGAAACAGAUCGUAACCCUAGUCCCCAGGUCACGGUGGGCCAAUUCGCCAGACCAUCGCCCAAGUUUCGAGGCAUCCUAUCAACCUCAAUCAGAGGUAGAGAUGCUACCAUACUACGGGCCAAGGUCACCACCCUGUUGGUGAAUGCGAUCGAGCCCGUCCCUCUGGCUGAGAUGUUCAAUGGGUUUUACAGCCCAUACUUCAUCAUCACCAAAAAGGCGGGAGGUUAAGCCCCAUCCUAGAUCUGCGUACCCUAAACAGGCACCUGCACAAGCUGCCUUUCAGGAUGCUCACGCAGAAGCGCAGCCUGGCGUCUAUCAGAUGUCAGGAUUGGUUCCUGGCAAUCGACCUGAAGGACGCUUACUUUCAUGUCUUGAUUCUACCUCGCCAUCGGCCGUUCCUACGGUUCGCUUUCGGGGGUUGGGCAUAUCAGUAGAGUCCUCCCUUUCGGUCUGUCCCUGUCCCCACUAGUCUUUAGGAAGAUCGUGGAGGCCGCCCUCAGUCCCUUCAGGGACAGAGGUGUGCGGGUAGAAAAAUUUAGACUACUGGCUUAUCUUUGCACACUCUCGAGAUCUGUUGUGUACACACGGGGACCUUGUUGUCCGGCACCUAGAUCGAUUUGGACUUUGCAAAACACCCUCUUUCUCGCUAUGGAACUCAACUCUGUCUCAAUAACAGCGCGCCUGAGCACAGAAGUAAGUGUUGAACUGCCUGAAACAUUUCAAGCAGUUAGCAGUCCCCUGAAACAAUUUCAGAGUCUCCUGGGCAUGGCAUCCUUGACGGGACAAAUAUCCCUCGGGUUGAUACACAUGAGACCGCUGCAGCACUGGCUACAGUGUCGAGUUCGAUGUAGAGCGUGGCACACCGGCAGCAGCCGUAUGGUCAUUACGCCUCUAUGCAACACACCCUAACCCCCUGGUCUUCAAAGACAAACUCUUUAAGGGUAUAGAUUCACUGGCAGACAUCUGGCAGACAUCUGCCUGGCAGACAUCUGCAGAGCUGCGGGUUGAGCUACGCCCAACACCUUCGCAAGGUUAUACAACCUCCGCGUAGAACCGGUGUCAGCCCACGUCUUGCAUGGCAACAUGUAGGACUGGCAGCCGGUAGGGCGUAUGUCUGUGAAGGCACCACUCCCCCUUCCAUAGGUGGGUCUGAGUGCUACUUAGCCUCCAUUUUUUCCCCCAAGGGGCGAAGAACAGGCAUUCCAUCCAUCACUAAGCAAGCACCUCCUGCAGGCGGGCUGGGCAGAGCAGCCCUGCCCCUUAGGCUGGGUACCUUCUGAGUUAUCGACAUAUAGCUGCUACCGGACGUUGUAACUCUAAUGAUUGGUUCCCACCUUGGCAACCCAUGACCUUCCAUAGGUGGACCUCCACCUCGCGGUUCACCACUUCAGUCCACUUCAGUCCACUUCACCACUUCAUAUUUUUCCUAUGAGCUCUCCCCUGACGGUGAGACUAUGCGGGUGUCUCCACUGGAACUCCUCCCGAUGGUAGGAAGUGCUCUCUAUAGUGCAUUCCCCAUUCGAGGAGACCCGGAUAUCCAGGGGCGUAGUCCAACAUGUAAAUUUAAUUUGCUAAUUUCAUUGGAUUUUACUAAAGUCGAAGUGAUGGGUUCUCAAGGGCGAACCCCAUCUGUUGGUUGCAUCAGGAAACUGAGGUUACAUAUGUAACCAAGACGUAUUUUAUCCAACAGGAUCAUAUUGUCAGUCAUAUUGCAUAGGCGUCAAAAUGCUCAUAAUCAAUGGCAUUACAAAAACUCCAUUACUUUCAGUUUGACCUCAAUAGAACAGAAGUAAUUUAAAAAAAAUAUUCAGUCACUUGUAAACACUCUUUUUUUAAAAUUGUGCUGUAAUAUAGUCUUGUCCGUAUCAUUUCUGUAUCACACUUUCUCUGUGUGGAUUCACUUUGGAAUAACACUUCAUUCAACAAAUCAUUCAUAAAACAUAUACAUUUGAGCUUGAUUAAUUAUAUUUUUACACAAACAACAUACACAUCUCUGUUACCAAUGAACACUUAAAUUUUGUUUCAUUAAUCUACCUUUCCCAUACAAUUACAGCAAAAGUGACAGAAGUGCAAACCUUACAAUUUAACCCACAGGUGGGGUUUAUUGUAAAAGACUGAGGCUUAGAUGUAACACUUGCUAGAAAAUGUAUCAAUAUAAUUUUUUCUAAAAAUUAAAGAAGGAAAUUGUUUGUACCUCCGUCUAUAAUGCCGCUGUGUACAUUUUAUUUCAAAGCCUAGUUAACAUUUGCUAGAAGUGGCUGUCCUAUUUCAAUAAAGUGCUGCAUUUUAUAUACUAAAAGGUUGGAUUUGGUGACUUACACACCUGAGAAAUAUGAUGAAAAAACUUUCAUGCGAACAAAAUACUGUUUGUCCAGUAUCUCCAUGCAUACACAUCAAAAACACAUCAAAAGCUCACAGAAGACAGACAUCUGACAGCUAGAGAAAAAUACCAAAACUCAAAUUGCUCAACUCUAAAUACUUAUCCAAAACAUCCAUGUUACAUUUAACCUUGCAUUACUUUGUGCCUCGCAUACCUCUAGUAUAUGAACUACAUAGUGAAGGAAUCAUUAGUACUUUAUAAAAUCUACAAAAAUAAGUAAGUGACAGAAUUGCUGCAAUAAAGGCUUUAUUAGCAUAAUGCAAUUGCUGUUAGUAGUGAGAAUGGAUGCUCUUUGGUUCAAAUAGAGCUAACAAAAAAGAGCAGGGGUUUAAGAUAUUCAGCAUUUGGCUGUAUUAUGAUCAUAUAAUGGAAAAACUAUAAAUCUGGCUGAGAUUGAGACCGCAUCAACUAUUUCUCAAUUAUCACCAAUUAGAUUCUUAUUAGCUCUUUUACCCUAAGAUGCUGUUGUUGCAGAAUAAAAGCUUUUAUACUAUAUUUAGGGAACAUGAGGUCAUAAUUUUUGCAAAGCUGUGUUAAAGCAUUUGUAAAAAAAGAGAAGGGAGAUCCAUGAUUUCGGAAUGGAGAAAGCCUGUGUUAAAAGAAAAUUAAGCAUUUUAGAGACAUGUUAAUCAAUUGAAUAUUGUGUGAAAACUACAUGAAUUGUGUUAAUGGAAUGGUUACCGCAGACGGGUGUUGUGCUAAUUGUGUUCAGAGUUUUGAAAAUACAGAUUGGUUAAAGGGAUGUAAGCAAUUAAAAUAAAGGGGAAAAUUGCUAUAAAUACAGUGAGGCAAUCAGCACAAUCAUACAUGCUGCAUUAAAAUUAUAAUGCCUAAAAUUAUUCAUGAUAAUAAUUUGAGAUUUUACUAAAAUUCAUUGAUGGAUCCUUUUGAAGAUUUUUUUUAAAUAUCCUUAGCGUGUUUAACCUCCAAAUGUAUAUGGAAUUUAUUGAAAAUGCUUAGACUCCUGAUGUUUUUAAUUGGCUAGUGGAAUUUAUGAGUUUUUUUUGAGGACUUAUUUUGUUCCACGGUGCUGUAUGUCCCUCCCUUAGGCCCUUUCUACCUCAUGAUUUCUCCUUCUUUUCUCUUUCACUCACCUGGGAUUGUGUGUCUGUUGACACAAUGAUGCAUGCAUUUUCUUCUGUUUGAC